UCGUAAAAGUUCGAGAGUCCGGACUUCCGAAUGAGCACAUGAAGGCAGCACCAGCCAACAUCGGUCUUUUAUUCAGCGCAUGCGUACUGGGCUAAGGAGGAAGCGGAGCAGACGGGCUAGAAGGAUUAUGUGGACAGAAGCGAAAGCAGCUGCUUUCAAAUAAUUUAUCUGGGGCUUUGUGUACCUUUUCAAAAUGGAAUUCUGACAACUUGAAGAAAAGCCGGGUGGGAUUUACUCCAAUUGUAUGUAUUAAAACCUGAGUGACGAUGAUGUCAGAAUGCGACCCGACAGAGACCAGCGAGCUGGACGCAGGAGCCACAGCGGUGUCUGCGCCGGAGUCCAACUUUCACUCCACGGACUCUCCGAGCGGUUUGUUUGACAGGAGCCGGACCGGCCUGGGGCUCGCGGCGAACCCCGGAGUCGCCGUUCGUAUUUCGGACUCGUGCGAGAGCGUCCUGACCGAGCUUGAGACGGACGGCUCCGGCGAAGAGGCGCUGUUGCUGCCGUGCUUAGCAGGAGGCUCGUCGUCUCCGCGCGGCGUGCGGGAGAAGCGGGGCAGGCGGAGCCGGCACAGCUCGUCGUCGGAUAAAGACACCUUGGCCUCCCCAGGUACCAACAGUGGGGACUUCAACCAUUUCCCGGACGAUCCUGAGUUUGCGGACAUCAUCCAAAGGGCAGAACAAGCUAUUGAGAGUGGCGUCUUUCCAGAGAGAAUUUCACAGGGUUCCAGCGGGAGCUACUUUGUCAAAGACCCAAAAGGGAAAAUCAUUGGCGUUUUCAAACCAAAGUCAGAGGAACCUUACGGUCACCUGAACCCCAAAUGGACCAAAUACUUUCACAAGCUGUGCUGUCCCUGUUGUUUUGGUCGAGGCUGCUUGUUGCCUAACCAGGGCUACCUCUCGGAAGCUGCCGCCUCACUGGUCGAUACCAAGCUCGGCCUGGGAGUGGUGCCAAAAACCAAGGUGGUGUAUCUGGCCAGUGAGACAUUCCAUUACAGUGCCAUCGACAGAGCGAAGUCCAGGGGGAAGAAGUACGCCUUAGAGAAAGUCCCCAAGGUUGGACGACGCUUCCACAGAGUGGGAUUGCCACCCAAGGUUGGCUCGUUUCAGCUGUUUGUGGAGUGUUUUCGUGAAGCGGACUACUGGCUGCGACGCUUUGAGGCAGAACCGCUAGCCGAGAACAUCAGGAAGCAGCUGCAGUCCCAGUUUGAGCGUCUGGUGGUGUUGGACUACGUCAUCCGGAACACAGAUCGAGGGAAUGACAACUGGUUGAUCAAGUACGAGAAGCCAGGGGAGGGAGGAGACGGAGGCGGACAAAAGGAUUCAGAGUGGCCAGAGAACUGUCCAGAUUCCUGCAUCAAGAUCGCAGCAAUCGACAACGGCCUGGCCUUCCCCUUUAAACACCCGGACGAAUGGAGAGCCUACCCGUUCCACUGGGCAUGGCUCCCCCAGGCCAAGGUGGCCUUCUCCCAGGAGACCAGAGACCUGGUGCUGUCCCGCCUUUCUGACAUGAACUUUGUCCAGGACCUCUGUGAGGACCUCUAUGAGAUGUUCAAGACGGAUAAAGGCUUUGACAAAACCAUGUUUGAGAGACAGAUGUCUGUAAUGAGGGGACAGGUGUUGAACCUGACUCAGGCAUUGAAAGACGGGAAAAGUCCCAUCCAACUGGUGCAGAUGCCGCGGGUGGUGGUGGAGCGCAGCCGCUCAGGCAGCCAGGGACGCGUGGUCACACUGGGCAACGCCUUCACGCAAACCUUCCACUGCAAGCGACCCUUUUUCUCCUCUUGGUAGUUCUAAAAGCGUGAGGAGGGGAGGUGAGGAGAGAAUCUGCAGCGGCUGUUUUUUUUUUUUGUCCUGAAGAGGGGAAGGAUGAAAUGAGGGAGAAAAUUUGAAUAUCACACUGGAAACUGCUCAUAUUUUGUCCUGUCACAGAAAAAAAACAUGAGGAAGAUGUGACGAUAGGAAUUAAGAUGAAGAAAUGUUUUACGGAGAAAUUGGGUUUGGACCCAUUCCUCAUUUUGUGAAGAGAGCACAGCAUGGCAGCUGUAGAGGUAUACCAGUGUCUCCUACAGACCUUGGGGCUCUUUGUGGUUACCAUGGAAACCUGAUGGGAUAAUCGGCUUUUCCACAAAAGUGGGCUCUGUUUAUUGUUAGGAGGCAGAAAGGUUUUUGUUUUUUUCUUUUCUUUUAAACCCAUCCAAAGUACCGACUGAAGACUCUUGCAAGAUCUCUUAGUGCGUCUAAUGGCCAAAGAAUAAGCACUUACAAACCAAUAACUAACAGAUCUGUGGUCCAGUAGUGUUUGAAAAUCUAAAGGGUUCUCUCUAGAAUAUUCUUUUUCUCUAGGAUGAUGUUGUUCCUGGUCUGGGAUACAAAGUCCAUGAAUAUUUGCGUUUGCCUUGUAGGAUUACUAAUUGAUCUGUAGACGGGCACUUACACUGCUACAGUGUUGACUAGUUCAACACAACCGGGCUGAACCGGCCUCUGCCCAGUGUUAGUUUUCAAAACCACAAACCCAGUGUCUUCAACUCUCACCACUGCCAAACUCUGUUUGUGGGAAUGAACGUUAAAAAGCCUCAAGAAGAGAAUAUUGAUGUUACUUGAAAAUUCAGUUUGGAGAAGGAGGAAUAAACACGUUGCUUGAAUGUAAUCUGUUUACGGUUUCUACACAGAUUUCUUUCUCCUAAACAUUUCAACACGAAUGAGUGAAUGCUGUAAUAGACUCUUCUCGUAACGACGAAUGUAUUUGUUGUUUGACGUGUAUUUAAUUGCUGGCAAGAAGCUUUCUCUCGACCCUCGUGGCAUGGGAGGGCGGCACCCAGUCCCCCCCCCGCUUUAUUACACGCUAUGUGAAGUAGGAAAAAACAAAGCAAAGACGAUAUUUCACACUUGCUCGGUGCCGUUGUGUUUUCCUAUGUAUGCAUCUUGAAAUUUGUAAUCAAACUCAAUGAUUGUAUGAGAACAACUGUAUAUUUAACAGAUGAAAAAUAAAAUUUUGGAAAUUUGAA